AUGUCAACGAGCAAUGAGGAUCAAUCCAAAAAGCCGGAUUGUGGAUGUCAUGAUGAUUGGGAACCAAUUUACCAAGGCCGAGAAGUAAAAGAAGAGAACUCGUAUCUCCGCUGGUAUCUCGUCAUCACCGUUUUCAUUGUCGUUUUCAUUUCGUCGAUUUUCUGGAGUCCAGCGAUCUCAAUAUUUCAAAAAUUUUCAAUCGAGAUUUUCGUCUUCUUUUCUUUCGUUCUCCAUUUCUUUUGGUUGGUGGCGACGGUGAAUGCGUUUCGAUACACCAAAUUGUUGAGAGACUUCAAGAAACAUCAUAUUGAAUUGAAAACGAGUGAGGAAUCGAAGCUGACGACCAUCAAUCAUUAUGUAGGCAUUUGUAUUUACAAGGAACCGCUACAAUUGUUGAUUGAUACAAUUGAGAGUGUUGCUUCUCAAAAUGACGCAAAGAGAAAGAUCUUUAUGUUCAUCGGAAUCGAGGAGAAAACCCCGAAUAGAGAUGAGAAGAAAUCUCAAUUGUAUGAGCUGUUCAACAAUCGUUUUAAGCGUUUCAUUGUGAUUUGCCAUCCAAGUGGAAUACCCGGAGAUAUUCCCGGGAAAUGUUCGAAUCUCAAUUUUGCGGCGAGGACAGGGAUUACUUUAUUUGGAAAAGCGAUGGAAGACGAAUUCGAGAAGCAGGGCUUUUGCUUGAGAACUCAAGUGUUGGUGACAACGGGUGAUUGCGAUUCAGUCUUCGGAGAGAGAUAUUUCGAUGCUCUUGAAGAGGAUUUCUGGAAGACAAAAACUGAGGAUCGAAAUCGCACCGUCUGGCAAAGUCCUUUAUUUUACUCGAUGCGGCUCGACAAAUCGCCGUUUUUCGUGCGAAUCACCGGGAUGUUGAGAUCGUUUUUUAUGAUGGGUUUUCUUAUUCCAUGGGGCAUCAACACGAUGUCGAUUUUCUCGUUGACUCUUGAAUUGUACAAAGAUGGAGGAUAUACCCAUCCCGGAUAUCAAAUGGAGGAUAUCAUUGCUUUGAUUCGAUGGUCGUUGGCGGUGAAGAAAAAGUGUUUAGUUCGAGCGAUUCCCGUGGCUACUUUAUCCGGUCCAACUUCCGGUAACAACUAUAAGAACGAGUUGAUCGAAUGGGGUCGACAGAUUCGACGGUGGACAAUUGGAGCGGCUGAAGUUUUUCACUACUUUGUCGUGAAAUCUCCCCGUCUACCGGCUACAGUCUCUCUUUUUUUUGCUUUCAAAUUCAUUGGCUAUUAUUGUUUCAUGCUUUGUGUGGCUCCACUCUACUGGAUUCUUGGAGCCUUUUUGACGCCACAUUUCAUUUCGAAAUUCAACACCUCCGAAACUUUGGCAGAAAGUUGGACAUUCAUUCAACUCAAUCUCUUCCUACUUUCCCUUCAAUAUUUUUGGUUUUUCUGUGUCAUUCUUGUCAAUCUUUUGUGUCAAUCGCUUCAACCGAAAUAUCGAUAUCGUUCAAAGAUUCAUCCUCUACAAGCCUCACUUGACUGGAUUCUCAGUCUUCCAACUAUUCUCAUUCAUUGUCUUAUAGAGCUAAAUGCUUUUCUCGAGGUGACUUUUCGAGGGAAAUCGAUCUGUUCGCAUAGCGCCUCGAAAAAAGAGAAUUUAGUGGAAGGGAAUGGAGAUCAUGAGCCUUUACUCGAAACAAAUCAAGCUGAGACAAUGAUUGAGACUUUUGUU